ACGCCAUUUUGUCGGUGCGAGCGGCGCCCAUCGGGGUCUCCUGCUGGCCGCUGGAUGGAACCUGUUGCUCCGUAGUUCCGUGUUGUGCAAUGGACGGCAGUGUCCACCAAGAUUUAACAGUUGGUACUAAGAGAGGAUCUGAAGAGACUUUCCCCAGCGUCUCCAUCGGCCCGUAUAUCAUGAGCACCACAGCCAAUGGAAACGACAGUAAGAAGUUCAAAGGUGACAUAAGAGGCCCCGGGGUGCCGUCCAGGGUCAUCCACAUCCGCAAGCUCCCCAACGACAUCUCCGAGGCCGAGGUGAUCAGCCUCGGUCUGCCGUUCGGAGACAUCACCAACCUGCUGAUGCUCAAAGCCAAAAACCAGGCCUUCUUGGAGAUGAACUCGGAGGAAGCGGCGCAGAACAUGGUGGGUUAUUACUCCACCGUGAUGCCCAUCAUCAGGAACCAUCUGGUCUACGUCCAGUUCUCCAACCACAAGGAGCUCAAGACCGACAACUCUCCCAACCAGGAGAGGGCCCAGGCUGCUCUCCGGGCCCUCACUUCUUCUCACGUGGACCCGACUAUGGUGGCUCCGAGCGCCGUGCUGAGGGUGGUGGUGGAGAACCUGGUGUACCCCGUCACCUUGGACGCGCUCUGCCAGAUCUUCUCAAAGUUCGGCACGGUGCUGAGGAUCAUCGUCUUCACCAAGAACAGUCAGUUCCAGGCUCUGCUGCAGUACGCCGAGGGAGCCUCCGCCCAGUCCGCCAAGCUGUCUCUGGACGCUCAGAACAUCUACAACGGCUGCUGCACUCUGAGGAUCAGCUUCUCCAAACUCACCACCCUCAACGUCAAGUACAACAACGAGAAGAGCCGCGACUUCACCCGACCCGACCUGCCCUCCGGGGACAGCCAGCCCAGCAUGGAGCACCCGGCCAUGGCCACCGCCUUCACUCCAGGGAUCAUCUCAGCUGGACCGUACGGCGGCGCGGCUCACGGCUUCCAGCCGGCCUUCACCCUCCAGCCGGCCAUGUCCUCCCACUAUCCAGGCCUGGUCCCCGCUAUGCCCGGGGCCCUGGCCUCCCUGUCCCUCCCCGGGGCCGCCAGGCUGGGGUUCCACCACAUGUCUGCUGGAGUCUCAGUCCUGCUGGUCAGCAACCUGAACCCUGAGAGAGUUACGCCCCACUGCCUCUUUAUUCUCUUCGGUGUUUAUGGCGACGUGAUGAGAGUCAAGAUUCUGUUCAACAAGAAGGAGAACGCUCUGGUCCAGAUGUCGGACUGCACACAGGCUCAGCUAGCCAUGAGCCACCUGAGUGGACAGCAGCUGCACGGGAAGUCUCUGCGCAUCACGCCGUCCAAACACACCAGCGUGCAGCUGCCCCGAGAAGGCCACGAGGACCAGGGCCUGACCAAGGACUACAGCAACUCCCCGCUGCACCGCUUCAAGAAGCCCGGCUCCCAGAACUACUCCAACAUCUUCCCGCCUUCGGCCACCUUGCACCUGUCCAACAUCCCCCCGUCUGUGUGGGAGGACGACCCUGAGAUGCUGUUCUCCACCUCCGGAGCCAUGGUCAAGGCCUUCAAGUUCUUCCAGAAGGACCAUAAGAUGGCUCUGAUCCAGAUGGGCUCGGUGGAGGAGGCGCUCGAGGCGCUCAUCGAGUUCCACAACCACGACCUGGGGGAGAACCACCACCUGCGGGUCUCCUUCUCCAAGUCCUCCAUCUGAGCCCCAGACCCCCCCCCCUCACUGGUGUCCACUACACUCCCGUCAUUCCCGCCGGUCUGCAGGAGCCACCGGGAAGCCCGGCGUGAUGUUAACUUAUUUUUUUUUUAAACUCAUUUUUAGUUUCUUAGGGGGGAUUUUAGGUCAUUUUGAGAACCAUGUGGAGGAAGCAAGAAUUCUGGAGUCAAUCAGACGUCGUAAUCAGAAACCACCUGUCUCCAUCCCGAGGUCCCGGUCAGGGUUGUUGAGUUUGUGUAUUCGUGUCCUUCUCGUUUUGAAGUCGUUGCUUUUUCGCCACUCUUUCCUUUUUGACUUUAAUCCGAGAAUCAAGGAAUUAGACUCGGCCUUCUAAACGUAUUCCGCUGGAAUGCAGACUCAGUUUAUCAUAAUCCCGACUUUAUUAACUCCGAAUUCUUUCUAUAAUCUCAGUUUUCCUGUGGUCCUAAUCCUCUUCCCACUGAAGAUUCCCAUUCGAAGCAAACCUUGAGUUUAAAGUACCCCCCCCUCAUCUGUGCCUUAUUCCUGCAGACACAAUGACCUUGACUCUGACAUUAAAGUCAAAUCUCCCGCCGUGCCUCUGAGCUGGCAGGAAGCAGGUUUACAGUUGGUAACGGUUUACUGUUGUGUUACAAAUAUAUAUCUUUAUUUUAUUGGUGUUGUUUGGUGCCGCUGGCGACGGCGGCGACAAACAUGUGAACUCUUUCGGCCGGUUUGCCGUUCUUUUGACUUUCUUUUCUUUUUUUUAGAUGCCCUUUUCUUCUUGAUUUCUUUUCUAUGUACGCAAUCACGUUUUAUUCAAAUCAAACAUUGUAGCAAUAUUUUAAUCAUUCCUGACCUUUAACUUGUUUUUUUGUUUUUUUUAGUUUCUGUGGUGUUCUGUUUAGAUUUCUGUGCGUCGUCACGUCUCCUCCGAACGGUUUUUAUUUAUUAGUGUUGUGAUCCACUACAGCUGAAACCAAAAACGGCCUUUUUAGAUGCAAACGAACCGCCUCAGGUUGAUGGUCAGAGGACCAAACCAGCAGGAGGCGGAAGACGCUCAACUGGUUUGGGCUUUUGACGGGUGUUUUACUGAGGGGGGGGGGGUUGUUGUUUCCAUCCGUGACUCCGGCCCUCUGUGGAAACGAGGCAGAUGUAACGAGGCGUGCCUUCCCAGACCGGCAUCAGCUAUUGAUGCCUCUUCGCUCCCAGAUGGAAGUCUGGAGAAGAAGAAGAAACCUGCGGCCGUCACAAACGUACUGAAACCACGAGGUGCUGGUUUGGUUUCUUUGUCUUAAUAUUAUCACGCCAACAUUCCAGCCUGGACCCGACGUGAUGCAUUCAAGGCGCCUAGGACGUUUGUGCGGCGGUGCCCGUGUUUAGGCUCCUCCUCCUCCUCCUGUGUUUUCUUUUUUUAAUUCGGUGAAGGUCAUGUUGACGGGUCAGAGCGCCGCUCAGAUCCAGGGGACCAAUAAAUACAUUUAUAAAGCGUCUGCUGGCUGUAAAUAUUAGUUUCUUUUGGGGGGGGGGGGGACAAGAAGUCCAGGACACGGCGAGGCUGCUUCCUCCCGGGUGACUUGAAUGCAUCGCAGGCGGAUGAACUUGAAUCAUGUUUUAGGGCACAUUUCUGUGUCUGCGAGCUGAUUGGUGGUUUUAUAUCUGAUGUAUAUUUUGAUUCUGAGCCUUUGACUGUUUGUGUCACAAAGACAAAAAAAACAAUUAAAUCACUUUUUAUCUAAAAACUGUGUGAAUGUUUGUCUAAAAGUGUCGCUUUGGUUUCUGUGUAGUUUUGGUGUCUUUUCAAUUGAUUACUAGUGGAAAAUAAACAGCAAUUCAUUCAA